GCUCGCUUUUAAAACUUACAAAUGAACAGUGGAUAGUGUUUCGAUAUGAUUAUAUUUCCGCAUCAAAUCCAGUCAAUAUUGCAAACAGAUGACUGGUUUUAUUUGUGUUGUUUCGUGUUUGGAUAUAAACUGGAAUUAUGUUAAUGAAGUUAAUGAGGAAGUUCUGAUGAUGAAUGAUGAUGUGUCUAUCAUUUGUAAUCCAAUAUCAAUAUGUUACAAUUUCCACAGGGGACGUAUCCAUCGGUUUUUUUAUUGAAAAAUCUACCAUGCAAUGGCGGUACACCAAAAAUAUGAGAAUAUGUAAAUAUCACAACAGAAUAGUGGACAAUACGUAUAACGAACUUAAUGAAUUGUAGAAAUACAAAUUACAAUAUAGUCCUAAUCGAAAAAUAGAAAUCCUAGUCGAAAAAUAUAAAAGAGUUGACAAUUAAAGUUUCCUUUUCUUGACUAAGGCGUAAAUUAUUGUUCCCCGUUUCUCGACCUACCCUAUUGUUUUGCUCCUUUAACCCAGACUAUUUAAUUGCCUUGAGAAUUAUUUUAACAACUGUUCGGGUUCGUUUUGUUUUUAAGAUAAAACAAGGGUUUCGGUUUCCACACCCACCCUGUUUUGUUCCGCCCCUACCGUUUCAUGUCUAAUAAAAUGAAUAAAACUUUUUUUAAAAAUCGAUUGUUUUUAACAUACAUACAUAAACCAUUAAUUUGGAUUGUUGUGUUUUUCAAUCUUAAUGAACAAAGUUUUGUGGUGCAAUCAUAAAUCAAUCUGCUAUCAACAACCAGGAAGAAUGGAAUGUGUUGCCAAGUGUUAAACCACAUUUGCUUUUCUACUGAAUAUAUGAUAUAACUAAAAUAGCUCAAAAAGAACAUGGACGCGUAUGUAAUGCAGUGAAUAUCAAAAUCGCAACAACGGAUAGUUCCUCACUGUUUAAACAGGAGUCUGGUACGUUAUAUGCCUUGACUGACUUCUGACACAAACCGUGAUUAUAUCAGUUUACCACGCAUGUUGGUAUCGAAAAUGUAUUGCAAGACAAAUAUGUAGCGAAUAUUCAUUACCAGAAAUACCGUUUGUAGAAAUUCAAGGCUGAUUUCAAUCAUUUGAGACGUAUAAACUGUGGAUUGUUUACGGCUGCUUGAGAGAUACGUUCCACUACCAGGCUUAACUCCACAGGAAACGGAUCCUUAUCUGUAAAUGCGGCCUACACGCUUUCUAAGAAACAUGUGCAUAUUCGUGAAGAAAAUGGGUAAACACAAAAUGAGACUAAAAAGAAUAGCUAUCAUAGGUGUGACGAUUCUGGGUGUCACGGCAAUGGUUUUCUAUUUAACCAUCGGAGAAUUACCAGCCAGCAUGCUCAUCAGAAAUGUCAACACGUGGCAAGUUAAAGACACGGGUCUCACAGAGGUGAAACUGAAACGAGGAGGGUCUCCAUUGCAACAUUAUGAUGCUUCCGCUGCUCCUCCAACAAGCCUGAUAGAAGGAGACCCCAUGCCGAUCCCGGGGAAGCCAAAGCUGCUGUUGAUUGUAGCCUACCUUCGCAGUGGUUCCACCUUCACAGCGAGCCUGUUUUCCCAGCAACCAGACUCAUUCUAUGUGUUCGAGCCUCUACAUAUGGUUGUCAAAACAGUCAAAAAGCACAUGGCUCUGCGAUAUGUCAAUGGAACGGUCAGGCCUUUCCCAACGGGUAUUCCAGACAAUCCCCAGUCUCUUUUCCGAGAGUGUAUGGACCCCUGGCUUCGUUGUGCAUUUCGUCAAGUCGACACCGCUAGUCUUUUUGACAAAUUCCAUUUACAAUUCUCAAAAUCCAUAAAACCUUUUUUAUUGUGCGUUAAACACAUCAGAUCCUUAACCCCUCUGACGAGAUAUGCAAUUAAUCACUGCAUCCGCAAAACGGAAAUGAAGUGCAAUUCAGCUAAUUUGAGGGUUAUAAAAACAAUACGUCUUUCCAUGGAGAUGGCUCACUCAUUGAUGGCAGAAAAUGAGAAUAUGAAAAUCGUACACCUUGUUCGGGACCCCAGGGCAAUGUUUUUGUCGCAGAGUAAUUACAAGCUUAUUAAAGACAAUAACAAAACCAGUCAAUUUGAAAGGUUGUGCUCACGCAUGCGCGAUGACAUUUAUUUCACGCGCCAACUUUUAGAGGUCGGAAAUAAAAAUGUGAAACUUGUUCGUUACGAGGAUAUUGCUUUCAAUCCGAUAGAAAUGACAAAGGAAUUGUACACAUUUAUAGGUGAACCACUUACCAAAGGGCUGCUAAGAUAUGUGGCCCAAAGUACUUCUCUCAACCUGAAAGACGGUUGUGCGUUUUGCACACGGCGCGGAAAUUCUACACUAACAGCAAGCAAAUGGAGAUCUACGAUUCAUCCAUCUUUAUUAAAACUUGUGGACGAACAUUGUAAGGACCUUUUACAACCACUGGGAUACCAUUUUACAGAGGACAUCAAUUAUUUAAGAGACACUUCAUUGCCAAUUUUCCAAGAGCACAUCCCUUUACUGGAACACAUAAACCUUAGUGACAGCGCCAAAGGCGUUAUAACGGAAACAUUGCAGCAUGUGUGAUUUUUCGGAAUAUUAUAUUUGUCGUGUAUGUAGAUUUAUAUCUGAUAAAGACUCCAUAGGCUCCGCAUUUUUUGUCAGUGCAAGUGUAUGUAUGUGUUUAUAUAUAUAUAUAUAUAUAUAUAUAUAUAUAUAUAUAUAUAUAAACACAUACAUACACUUGCACUGACAAAAAAUGCGGAGACACCGGUCAUACGUUGGUCCCAGCGAAGCUAAUAAAGAUUUCUUUUAUAUAUUAAAUUAUAUUUUUCUUCA